AUGCUGGAGUUGGUGUUGUUGAACAAGAACCCAUUGCUCCACGCAUCACUCUCUCUAAUCCUCGCCUUCACCUUCGUUUUCUUCAAAAUUCCUCUCCUCUUCCUUCACGCUCUCCAGACCUACAUCCAACCCGAUUCCCAGCCCCAAUCCAAUGGCCUCAGAGCCGCCAUCCGCCGCCCCGGCAUCGACGGCUACCAGCCCCUCUCCGCCAAAACCUCCGCCGAACUCAAGAAGAGGAACAAGUCCAACAAGGACAAGCCCGAUUUCGACGAAAACAAUGCUCAGAUCUUCAGACUCACGCUCGACCACACCUACCUCCAGUCCCGUCUCUUCGCCGAUCAGUAUUGCGUCGCUUUCACUCUCUCAUUCGCUGCCCUAUUCUCCCUCUUGCUCCACAAUUUUCUCCAAUCGCCCCCGGACAGUGGGUUCUUCGCCAACGGCGUUUUCGUUCCCAUUCUGUUAUCAAUUUUGAGUCUUUACAUGUGGGGGACGCUCCUCGGUAAGGUCACGUUCGAGAGAUCCGCGUCUAGGAGGUCUGAGAAGCAACUGAGUGUCGUUUUGGGGGUUUUGGGGCUUUUUUUGGGGCUUUUGUUUGUUCCUGAGGGCGUGUCUUCGGUUUUGGAGUUCAAAUUCGAGGUUCCAAUUGAUGGGUUUUGGAGGUUUCUCGUUGCUGCAUUGAUGGGUUUCCUUGCCGGGUGUUUGCUCAUUCCUGCUUCUAGAAGUGCACGUUGUUUUUGGCUUGGGACUGAUCAGAUACGAUGCAAUUUGUCGAUGAUAACUUGUGGGUGGUUUACUCGUGCGAUCCUUUAUGCAAAUCAGGUGUUCGUUAUAUUUGUAGCUCUGUUGUGGAUAACCCCCUUGGCUGAGAUUUUUAUAAAUAGUGGAGAUGGUGUGGCAAAGAGUGGAAUUGGUAAUGCGGAGAAAUUGGUGGGGAAUGUGGGGUUCUUGCCUUCUGAUUUUGGUAGCUUCAGGAAGUGGUGCUUGUUGGGGUCUAGUUUAUUGCAGAUUGUGGCUUUGAGGCCUAACCUACAGAUGUAUCUGAAUGAAGCUUUGUUGUCUUGGUACCAAAGGCUUCAUGCUAGCAAGGUUCCUGACUUGGAUUAUAGUAGGGCAAAGAUGUUUCUGCAUAAUCACUACUUGUGCCUUGUGGUUUUGCAGUUCCUUGCACCUCCUGUGCUGGUUCUUGUCUUUCUUGGUUUGUCUCAGAUUGAUGGUGUUUCCUUUGGAAAUUUUACCAUGUCGAGUGAUUUACUGUCCAGAUUUGCUUUCUUCAAAGAAGUGGCUUUGUUUUUGGCUUGGUGGGUAACCUUCCUCUGGGCACUGUUCUCCUCGGUGAUCCUUAUGCUACAUCGCCACUGUGUUUUAUAUGUUUCUUAA